AUGAAUGCUCACCGAAAUCGUAAAAAUUCGCCGUCGGAUGCGACGUCCGGAGAGGCGAUGAAGUACAAUCUGCGAUGCAACCGUAACAUCAGCGAGAAGAUGACUAAGAAGGACUUCGUCUACGACAUCCGUCCACCGCUUCAGAGCUCCAGGAAGUUAGAAGAAGGAAAAUACCCGAUCGUAUUGCCGUUGCAGCUUCGAAGGAAGCAGGGCGACUCGAAAAUGCCGCAGUAUACGGUGAUUUCGGAAAAAAGCAGUGGCAACGAAAAUAGCGAAGCGACGAAUGUUUCACAGCGACCACUUCUGCGGUUCGAGUGUAAUUUUUGUCACGAGCAAAUCGCCACGCUUUUAUCGCUUUCCACGCACAUUAAAUUUCAUCGCCGGAAAUACUGCAAGUAUUGUUAUUGGAUAUUGCUGGAAAACGAAACGAUGGAAGAGCAUGUUAAAAACGUUCAUAGGACCGAUCUAAAAAUCGCCGCUUAGCGUCGAACUUUAUU